AUGGGACUAUCAUGGAGCUCAUUGAUAGAGACCGCUCUCGACCAACUGCGGGAAGCACGGAAGCCUCAGGUGGAGCCACAAAGAUUCCUGGCUCAGCUUGAGAUUGUUGCUACACUCUUGAGAGUCGACCUCACCGAUCGCAGCUACCGCAACAACUUCACGCCGAACUAUCGGGUCCUGUUCGACCGUCCAGGUCGCCGACUUUACAUCUACGAGCUCUUCAACUGCUUCGACUGCGAGCCCAUCUUCGUGAACGGCAAGCUCAUCCGGAUCAGUCAGGAGGCGCGACAGAAGGGUAAGCUCUUGAAGCGGUGCUACCACGAGUUGCUGGAGACCGUCGAUGCCUACUUCCUGGUUGGGGCCAUCCCAGACCUGGAGAAGAUGCGGACGCUGCUGGCCCGCUUUGACAAAACCUGGGUGGACUUUGAGAAGCUCUACUUUGAGGAGCUCUUCAAAAUCGAGGCUGAAGCAAGGGCGCCAGUGGUUCGGGCCAUGCAGCUGGAGCACAAGCUGCGGAGCCUGGAAGCCUCCGACACGCCGCAGCUGGAGGUCUUGGUGUCUUCCAUCCGAGACAGACCGCCCACGAGAUACAACGAGCGCUUUGAGGUCCUGAAACAGCUGGUCCAGCUGACGGCAGGCCUCAACAACUGCGCGAACGUCGCAGGUCGCGGCCGAGACGACCUGAGCAUGGACGUCCUCGUGGCAGCGGCAGAUCGCUGGGCUCUGGCGAAGUCUCUGAAGCCAAGUAACGAGCUCGAGACAUAUCACUGCAAAGUGCAGCGCGUACUGUCCAGCCGCGUACUGCAACACUUCGCAGACCUUCGGAAAUACUUCGGCUCCAUCAGCGACAUCUGGAAGGAGGUGCCCUUAUCCGAAAAGAUCUGA